AUGGGGCACAACAGGGCAGUAGAAUCCGAGAAGAGGUUCGCCCCUCCCGUCGACCCCGUCGCCGGGGCCUGCUGGGUCGCACACGCCGCGUACGUGGAGGAUGGAUGCCGCUUCUCCGACUCCAGACGGGAACUGCCGGCGAGGCGAGCUGUUGCGGGAUCCGGCGGCUGUAUUGCCUUCCCGCCCGACUCUCCAAGCGCGCCCUGUCCGCCUUCGUCGCCCUGGGCUGUCCCAGAUCGUGCAGUCCUCUCCACGGUUGCGGCAUCGGUUUCAGCGGACGCAGGACUGUGCACAGGCGCGACAGCGGCUUCAGCGGUGGCGCUCCCGCAGCUCCUGGUCUCCAUUCUAACAGGUCGCUCCGACACGGCGAAGGUUGCAUCGCUUCUCAAGCUCGAAGCGCAUGCAGGGGACCUUCUUUACGAUACGCGGCGCCUCCAUACGGCGCUCACCGUUCUAGACGCCAUUCUGAGCAACGCCGUCCCCAUUGCUGUUGUUGCCUUGGCGAAUCCGCACAUUAAUGAGGGGUCUCCCCGCUCCUCCGCGGCUGGGAGAGCGGCGCGAGAGGGUGGUGUGAGCUCAGGCUUCGUACCCGGCGACACGGGCGGAGGUCCCCAUGUCAGAAGACCUACGACUUUUUCGCAGCAGGCCGCCCGACUGUCAGCCGCUGAGCUCCACCUGCAGCGAUCGCCCGACGUCGCUGUAAACUGUGCCGGCGCGCCGCCAAGGGAGGCGAUCCACGGGACGAGCGACAGUUGCAGCCUAAACUUCGAUAGCGAAAACUCUCGAGGCAGCCUCCACCGUUUCCGCGAGGGAAGCAGGGGAGUGUCGCAGAACGGGCCAUAUGGGCGGGGAGAGGAAGCCGGCGGGUGGACGGCAGCGACGACUCUGGAAAGAGGAUCGCUCUAUGCUCCACGGGGCGCAAGCGACGAGUUAGAACUCCACAUGUCUUCUGCGUAUGUGCAGUCUUCUCGCGGCCGCUUCGCUGCCCACGACCCGCUAGGCAGAUCCGUCCCCAGCCGGGGGUUCUGCGACGGGAGAGAGCGGCGACGCGGCUCCGCCGACGUCAGCGGGCAGCCCGGCGAGGACGACAGCCUGGUGGGCCUUGCGCAGAGCCGCGGACUUUCUGCUGUCGUGCAGAUCGACAUUUCCGUAGAUUCUCUUUUCCCUCUCGAAGACGACCCGGGGGACUCGCCAGCGGACGAGCUCGAUGGCGAGGAGGCGGCUCCAACCGUUGCUCACAGCGGCUUGGAGGAUCAACGGGCCCAGCUGUCGGCUUGCUCGCCGACACGCGGCGGUUGGAAAGGCUGCAGAAAGGAAAGCGAGGAGUCUCCGAGAGGGAAGGCUGUCCGCGAAGGCGGCCGAGGCCCAAGAGCAACUGAAAACGGAUGUGGAAACGGUGGAGAUUUGCUGUGUUCCCAAGACUCAGAGAGCCACACGCACGCACGCCGCUCGCCGCACCGGAGAGGAGCGAGCCCUCCUUCACGCCAGAUCUCGCCUGGAAGAAGGCCUCUCGCGCCCGGGAGGCGUCCUCACAAAGGUGGUGCGGCGCAGGGAGACGAGUUGGCUGUCAGCCGACCGCCUGCGGCUGCACCGUCGGCUGCAGGCCUUGACCAUCCGGGAGGUGUCUCUUCGGGCUGGACCACGACCAGCGCGACUGGAGCCUUGUCGAAUCCGCGGCGAGAAGCGCAGGGGUCUGUCCGCGGCUCGCCAUCGCCGUCAUUCCACUGUUCCGGGCACGUGUCUGCGUCUGCACGGGCGUCUCAGCGCGAAAGACUGCUGCGGGCGGUGAAGGAAUCGUCUCCGUUCGACGCAGGCCCAUUGUCGCCCAGGGGGCAAAGUGGCUCCGGGAGAUGGCGGGAGGCCGCCUCGAGAGACCAUACGCAGGACUGGGGAAGCCCAAGACGCCCGCGGGGGGGACUGUCUGUCUCCGCUUCUCCGGGGCCUUCGCUGCUUGUCGAGCAGCCAUUCUCCGCAGUCACGCGCCUCGUGUGCAUGCGAGUCUACACUACAGUCUGCGUCUGCUUAGACCUCGUCCUGAUUGCGCCGGAUUGGGUGGAGCGGCUUGUCGGCCUUCUGCAUGCGGUUAUCCGCCGCACCAGCGUGCACGACGAUGCCGUGUUCAGGAGCUACGCCUGCGAGUGCCUCCAAGAAUUGGAGCGAAGCUGCCCAGGUGCGCACGCCCGCCCUGCAUCAGCCGUUCGAGUGCAGAUGCCCAUGCAAAUCGAGGACGCGCCGCUGCGAGGAGCGGGCGCGCAGAAGCUGCUUCCACACGGGCUACUUGCGGCGUUCCUCGGCCCAGAUUGGUUUGCGGGCCCGUGCUGCGUCUCGACGUUGACCACGGCGACGCUGGAGGGGACCUCGCAUGACGCGCCCGCGCGCAAGCGGCGGCCGUCCUCUCUUCUUGCUUCGGGCGAGGCUGCGGAGACACGGCGGCCCUUUUACCUUUUCGAGCUGCUGCAGACUGAGCGGCAGCACGUGGCAGAGGCGUACGCAGGCCUCCUCGUGACAGCCGCGCGCCACACCACAGAAAUGCUUGUGCAGGAGGUAGUCGACAGUGUGGCGGACACGCGGGAGGGCGCAGUCUUCGCCGCGUCGGCGGCCCCCGCGGCCGCCGACGCGGCGCAGGCAGGCGGACGUGGACGCGGCUCUCAGGCGCCAGCCAGGCGCCUAGACGGCGCGGCCCACGACGUCGCGGAGUGCGAGGCGGCCCGGAACGGCUUCUCGCGCGCAGUCGCAGCGGCUGGCGGGAGCGGCAGGCCGGCAGCCGCCCCAGCGGGUAUGGCUGCCGGCCCAGAGGUUAGCGAGGGAGUGCAGCGAGGGAGCGACGGCCGCACUCCACCCAAGGCUCUACGCGACCAACUGUGGGCGCCUCAGCCGGCGCUGGCGCGGGCUGCACAGGGUCAAAGCUUGUCGAGAAGUCGAGAGCGCGUGCGACGACGCACAGCCGCCCUCGCGGAUGGGCGCUCUGCCCGGUUCUUCCAGGUUCCCCCCGUAGGCGUCUCGCUUCUACCUCUUUUACCUCUCGAGUUCCCCUCUGCGUUUGGCGCGCCUUCCUCGCGAUCUCGUCGCUUCAGCCCCUUAUGCACUCCCUCUUCCUGCUGCUCCCCCGCCCCUGGCGACGUCUGCGUGCCCACUUCCUGGGUCGACCCUUCUCUCUCCUCGGAGUCGUCUCACAGCUCGCCGUUCGCUUCCGGCGGGCGGGGCGGGGCGGCGGUUGCUGGAAUCGCUGCCCCCGGGAACGGACUGCCUCCUUCCUCUGGGUUUCCCUCGAGCGGAUUCCCCCCUCCUCGUCUCCCCCGACGCUUCGUCUCGACUCUCCUGCGCGCCCUCGCCACCGUCCUCGACAGCUUCUGGUGGCUGGGCGAGUGGACACAGCUUCACGUGCUUCGCAAUCUCGUCUUCUUCUCCAGACUGCUUGGGUUGCCGCCGGCCGUCACUGUGGAUCCGCUGCUGCCGCUGCUUUACUCGGACCGCCCACCCCUCAUUCACGGCUUUCUCCGCCUCGUCGCCGAGUAUCCGCACUCUCUGAACCAAGUUAUUGUGCGCCUUGUGCAGCAGAAACUGAAGGACCUUUCAGCCAACCAGGGGCUGAAGCCCUUCUUCCGCGUCCUCACGCUCAGAUGGUCGCUCGCCCUGCUGGAGCUGCCUCUCUUUGCCCCGCUCUUCUUCAGCUCGCCGCCGUCGUUUCUGUACCCGUCCGCCGGCGACAGCACCGAAGUGAAGGAACAUCUUCUGCAGGUCCUCCUCGCGUACUACCGCCGCCGCGGCCUCUAUCUCUCUGCCGCGCGGGAAGGCAGCUCUCUCUGCGCCCUCGGCUCACACACUGAGUGUGCGUGCGCGCCGCAGAGCGUCUCCUCGCGCGCGGCUGUCUGCGGCGACUCGCCUUUUGCGCCAACGUCGUCUUCGUUCUUCCACGCCAGGGGGGCCGCCCCCGGCGUCCUGUCAAGCGGCGCGGAGCCUGAGGCGGCGCAGGGUUCCGCCGCAGACGCUGCCUGGGCCUGGCGGCUGGCGGCGGGAGGCGGCGCGAGUCGGUUGGGCGGUUUGGGCGGCGCGGGCGCGGCGGCUUACGCGGUCAGCGUUGCGCGGCAGAACAGAGGCGCAGGGAGAGGUUCGCCGCCUGGCUGUGGAGAAGACGAGCCCGACCUGAGGCAGCGGGCAAGCAGCCCGGCGCGCAUCGGCUUGCCUGAGAAUCUCCUCGACGUCUGCGACAUUCUCCAAGAGUUCCGCUACAGCACCGAACCCGUCGGCGCGCACGCAGUCGUCUACCGGUUCCUGUUGCGCCUUCUCCAGUUUCCGUGCCAGCCGCUUCGAGAGAAAGUCCACGCCUUCAUCUGUGACCAGCUCAGGACGCAGCCGAUGCUGCUGAUGACUAGCACUCUCGCGCUGCUCCAUCAUCUGUCUAAAUUCCACGCGUCGGGCGUCUCACGCGCCGACUCCGCGUCGAACGCCGCGGCCUCCGCCGGCGCGGAGGCCGCGGCGUUCGACGCGGGCCAACGCCGCUGGCGCCGCCGGGUGUCCACGCAGUCCGCCGUCGCGUAUGCGCUGCUGCUGUCUCUGGGCGAGUUUGUGAAGCGCCUAGAGCCGCCGUCGCACAUUCCGCAGUUCUUUCCGCUGCUGCUGCGCCUCGCCGUCGAACCCGUCGUCCCGCCCCACACUGCGCUCCAGACCCUCCGGCGCCUCGUCGACUUCUCUGCUGCCGACCGCGGCGGCUCGCCGGCCGACGUGCAGGACCAGUGGGUAGUCGGCAUGAACAUCCUCACCGUCUGCAGACAGCUGCUGCGGACGCACAGCCAGGCGGCGCUGUACGAGGGGCUCAGUUGCUUGCUCCUGCGGCUCGCGGAGGCCACUCCUUGCAUCGACUUGAGAGACAAUGCGCUCCUUCUACUCAGAAUCUUCACCCACACGGGGCAACUUCCUCUCAAGUUUCUUUUCUCGCGGCCAGGCCAGCAAAUGCUUCCGUUGAUGCAGCGCCACUUAGCAUGCGUUUCGCCGGCGACGUAUCGCAUUGACGGCCCGCUGCCCUUCUUGACGCUGCGCAAGUCGCGGAGCGAGCGGCGCGAAAUAUGUGGCUUGGCAGACCACCAGGCGGCGUUUUUCCUGGCGACGACCUUCCACGCGCCUGCAGAAGAGGAGGCGGUGACCGACGUGCUUCUGUUCUUCAGCGCGCCUGGAGCGAGCCUUCUCUCCUGGGAAGAAGACAGGGCGCGCAGAGGAAAUGCGGACUUCGCCCCUUCCGUGGAAGACUGCCUCUCCCCGCACGGGCAGGGGGGCGGCGCUGGCAGAGGAGCGACGGAGAGCCCCGUGGCGGCGUGCGAGACGCUCUGCGUGGCGGCCUUCCAGAAAUUCUAUGCGCUGUGCUACGAAUCCGACGAAAAAACCAUUUCGCUGCUCAACACGAUGCACACCCAGAACUGGACGCGAGUUCAACACGCGCCUGCGGGCUUCUUGGCUGAGGAAGCCUCACGGCACGCCCACGGGCAGAAGUGGGACGAAGAAAGCGGGCGCCCCUGGCGCGGCCCGGCUCCUGCCGGCGAGGAGAACAGCGAUUUCCACGCACGCGUGGCGAGCAUGUGCGGCCAGUCCCCAGUGAUUGUUACUUCAUCCCAAACAGGAGAAGCCCAGUCUACGCACGUGGAUGGCCUCCGGAGCUUUGCGCCUCUUUUGUCGCUUCAGCAAGCGGCGCAGCCGCGUGCAGGUCUUCCUUCGGACACCGUGGACUUCGAGCGCCUAUGCCGAUCGCCGUCUUUCUCGGCGUUCGUCAGCUCGGACGAGUUCCUCGUAAACAGUUAUCGUGCCUUCGUUGCUGCGACGCCUUUCUACAUCCGCAUUCCUUUUUGUUUGCACUUCAAAGGCCGCCGCAACUUCGCGGUAGACCGCUCCGAGCGCGGUUACUCUCCGCCCCCGGCAUGCCCGUCUACGGCCGCAAAGCCGCGCCCUAGUGAAGGAGAUCCCCCACUGGCUUCCGGUCCGGCGUUGGAGCCCUCGGUUGAGAAAGAGCUAGGGACCGAAACAGCCUGGAAGGCUCGAGUCGUCCAGCGAGGCGAGCGCCAAAACGCCGAGGACGGAAGCGCGCCUCGCCAGUGGAAGAUGGUCCAGACAGGUCGGCACAGCGUGCACAGCGUGAGGGAGCUGCCUGACGCCGUCGAGUUCACUCAGCAGAGGCGGCCUGAGGAGAACGCUGGCUACUCAAGUCGCCAAAGAAAUAUAGUGACGGACAACGAAGGGGCCACUUCGGGAAGGUGUGGCCUCCGGGCUCGCGCUGAAUCUGAGGGUGCGGCGCUCAGAAGUGGCUAUGGCCUGCCGCUGUUGACAGAGUUGUAUGGCAUUGAGCUAGUCUUCAGCCGAGCCGAGGACUACGCGCCAAUGCGGAGUGUCCGUUUGCCGUUUCUUCAAGACGGAGCUGUCUUGAAGCAGGCUCGCGGCUCCAGACUCGAGCGAAGACGUGGACACGGGAGGGUCGAAUCAGAGGAAGAGGAGGAAGGUGAAAGCAGCCUUGCGUCGUUCCCGUUCAUGUACAAAAUCGUCCUCAAGCUACAGCCUCGACAGCCUGUCCCUGCAAGCAUCGCCGUCGAUGUACGGUUCAACGAUGUGACAGGCGCGUUGUUUUUCGGCGAACUGGAGACGUUCUCUGUUUCUUUCCAGGAUCUGUUCCUUCCAGUAUGCGCACCUCCAUCGUUCUGGGCUCCGCUGUUCCGGCAUCUUUGGGCUGACUCCAGUCUCGCUCGAUCCGUGAAGAUACUCGAGUUCGACUGUAAUACAGUUCAAGACAUGAUCGACAUGACACUAAAACCCUUUCUGAUUGAAGACCCCGUCUCGGAUGACUCCGAGGAUUUCGACUUCGAACAGAGUACGCGACUGACGGCUUCAGACAUUAGUAUCUCGCAGCACAUGGGAGGCGAAAUUCGUAGCUCAAAGGCUCUGACGGUAAAGAUCAGGAUGAUGAAGCGCUCACUAAGGCUUCAUGGCCAGUUUCGACUGUGCGUGGACGGUGCUGCUUUCUGGCGUAGGACGAGUACUUCAUCAAGCCUCCGUUCCGGGGGGCGGGUGCAACAGGUGAUACUCAGUCACGGCAUUGCAGCGGAGGCUCAAAACGGACAGACAGUUGUCAGAAGCCGGCGCUGUGCCGGUCUCAGACGCGAAAGAGACCUGAAAGGACAAGUACAUUCGGACGUCGUCAGACUUCCAGCGGGGACUCGUCCGCUGAUGAAGUUGCUUCUGAUGGGUCCUACCAGGGGAGCUCAAACUCUGUCGGUGCGAGGCACGCAAGCACGUCAACGGAUAGUGGGAGAAGCUGCAACCUCGAAGACGGGUCUUGUCAGGAAGACGAGUUCUCCGAUGACUCAAGCGGAGGCUCUUUUUUCGCGGGGGGGUAUUCCUCAGAGUCCGACAGUGACCAUGAAAGUCCCUCAUCUGGGAGAAACCAGAUUCCGCAAAAAGGGCAUAGGCUUCGCAAGGCGAACAGUCCACAACGACUCGUGCGAGUCAUCAUUUUCAUGCCGCCGCGAUAUCAUUUGCUCCUUAGGUUUAGCGUAUCUAGUCUUACCACUGCGGUUCGCAUAG